AUGGAAAGAGCCCUCUGUGAAUGGAUCACAAUCAUCGUACCUUGGAGCAUGCACGAACCCGGUAAGGAGCUGGGUCAAGCAUGGCUAGCCCUCCUGCGCGAGCUCUGGGCACAAAAGACGUUACCUGGUUUUCGAGGUCACCAUUGGGCCCGGGAACAGCAAGAUUGUGAUAAACUGUCCAUCUGGACUUUUUGGGAGCACAAGGACGCAUAUGACGCCCAGAAGGAUACGGAGAACGCCCGGUUUCUGUACUCCAAGCUCGCUGCGCUGUCUACCACACCAGUUCAAUACUACUGGCCCUGUAUCACUCUCCUCAAUUUCAGCGAACCUAUCUCAAAAGAGAAACGAAACACGCUCCAAACACUUCGCUGCCUGACAAGCUCCUCUCCGAUCGACUAUCCUCCAGGCAUGGGCCCGCCUCCUGCACAAGGCUUCGUGCUCCCGCUCACAUCCUCCACGCCCUCUUCCUCCCCAACAACAUACGUCAUCCUCCACCUCUGGGACAACCCAGCGCGCGGAAAAAUGGUCCGCGCCCGCACACCCUGGUUCGCCGCCUCCUUAAUGGCUCUGGGUCCUGUCUGCACACGCACCGAACGCCCCAGAUUCAAGUCGCUGGUUUGGGAUCCGAGUACCGGCCCCAACUAUGCAAUUCAAGCGCCGAGCUUUGAGUUCGAUAUGGCAAGGGGGCUGAGGGCGGAGAAGAGGAGGGGGAAGACAUUGCACGGGAAGAGGAAGAGGCGGUUACCCGGGCGGGAUAACCGAAUCACGAGGCAGAAGUGGUUUGACGAUUUGCUCUUCCUCUGA